AUGACCCUCAGGUUCUUCGCGCUGGCGAACCUCGACGCCGCGCUCGCGGAGCGAAACUGCGAGUGUCUGCGCGGGGGGAGGGACGCGUCGCCGGCGCUCAGGGACAUCGAGCGCGCGUUCGCGCGCGCCGCGGGGCGCGACGACGUCACCGACGACGACGACGACGAGGAGGAGGAGGAGGAGGACGACGACGACGAGGGCGUGCGCGCGCGAAGUGGACGCGUCGCCGUCUCCGAGCUCGUCGCGCGCGUCAGGGUCGACCCGCCCGCGCCGCCGCCGCCGCCGCCGCGAAGACGAAGACGAUCGGAACAUCGCCCCGGGGAGGGCCUUCCGCCGCUGUCCCCGACGACGCCGACGAUCGCGCCGCGCGGGACGAGCUGGCUGACGGCGCCGACGGCGCCGCUCGUCCGCGGCGCGGCGCCUUCUGUCCGACAAUGUCCGACACUGUCCGACACGCGGUCGGUCGCGUCCUCCAACACGCGUCGCGCCGCGGAGGCGGCGGCGUCGAGAGCGCACCGCACGGCGUCGCGCGGUGGUCGGUCGUUCUUCCUCGCCGGCGGGCUCUCCCGGGCGUUGGCGAGGUCUUCGGCGGCGGCGGCGGAGGAGGACGAAGACGUCGCGUCAGUCGCGGCGGCGACGACUCCGGCGUGGUCCGCCGCGGGGGGCGGCGGCGCCGCGUCGCCCACCGUCGUCGCGGGCGGCGCUGGCGCUCGAAGCCCGAUGGGAGGCGGCGGCAUGCGCGCGAUCCUCGACGCGCAGGCGCGCGAGUCCGCGGCGGCGGCGGCGGCGGGCGAAGCGUACGCCGCCGCCGCCGCACGUUUGCCCUCGCGUUUGCCCUCGCGUCCUCCUCGGUGCGACGACGGCGGCGGCUCCUCUCCCGUCGUCGGCGCGGUGACGCUCUCCCUCGGCGCGCUCGCGGGGCUCGGCGCGUCGUACGGCGGCCGCGGCGCCGCGCGAAGAACCGGAAACGGCAGCGUCGAUGGCGUUACCUCGCCUACGUCGAACGCGUGGGGCGGUGGCGGCGGCGCGUCUUCUUUUUCGUCGUCGCGGAGCCCCGCGGGCGGCGGGACGUCGCCGUCGCUCGCGGCGAUUCAACGCGAAGAAGAAGAAGCCGCGGCGGCGUAUGCAUCGUCGUAUAAUAAUAAUACGUCGUCGUCGUCGCCGCGCCGCGUCACCGGCGGGUUCGCGGUCGACGGCGCGCAGAGCCGGUCGUGGUACGUCCCGGAUUCGCCGCCGCCGCUCGCGGGAGGGGGUCUGCGGGAUAUCUUGACCGCGGAGGAGGAGAACAUCAAGGCGGCGAAGGCGGCGGCGAGGGCGCUCGCGGUCGCGGAGGCGGCGGAGGCGGCGGAAGCUAGGGAGGAAGCCGCGAGAGCUGAGGAAGCCGCGAGAGCGGAGGCGAAGGCGAAGGCGAAGAAGCCGAGAGAGAAACCGGCGGGUGCCGAGAAAAAGAAGAAGAAGGGCGCGGAGUCGCCCCCCGCGGAGAAGGGAGGCGCGAAAAAACCGAGCGGCGGCGGCGCGAAGCGACGGCCGCGGAAGAGGGAGAAGGAUACUAAGGAGAAGGCGGGCGCGGGCGGCGGCGCGGACGGAGGCGCUGAUUCGCCCGACGCGACGGGCGGCGCGUCGCGGCGGCGGCCGCCGAGGCGCCGCCGCGUCGAGAAAGGCGGCGAAAAAGGCGGCGAGAAAAGAGGCGAGAAAGCGGCGGUGGCGGAGGGGGCUCCGAAACAGAAGCCGCCGCCGCCGCCUCCGCGCGCGCGCGAGCCCCUCGUCGCCGCGACGACCGCGUCGUAG